AUGGAUAGCCAAACGAUAAAAUGGUUAGUUUUUAACGGAAAAGCUGAAAACUACCCAGCAUGGAGCACAAAGUUCACCGCGUAUAUGCAAACGAAAGGUUUAUACAAAGCGCUUCUCGGGAAAGAAGUCGUACCGGAAGAGAUAGCACCGCUAGCAGGGGAUGCUUCAAACGAGCAGAAGGCCGAAUGGGAGACAAAAGUUCAACAAAAAAAUAAACAAAUCGAAGAAAUUAAAGAAAGAAAUAAUACGGUAUGGUGUCAUAUUGCUUUAGCCCUCGACAAUAAUAGUCUCUUAUAUAUAAGACAUGAUUGCCUGUCAUCAGAUAGUGUUGGGGACGGGGCAAAGGCGUGGUGUCUGCUACAACAGAGAUAUUCCAACGUGGAGAAGCCAACUGUAGUAAGUCUAGUUCGUCAAAUUUCUCGAUUACAGUUAGAUGAAAAUGAAAAAUUAGCCGAAUACUUUAUACGAGCGCAAGAAUUAAUGUCUCGACUAACCGAAGCUGGUGAAAAGAUAUCAGAAACACUAUUCAAUGCCUUAGUUAUAAACGGACUUCCAGAGAAAUAUGAGCACUUCAUCGUACAAGAAAGUUCUAAUCCUGCAGCAAAUUUCACCGAAUUAUGA